GGGAAGUGAGAAAUGACGAAACGAAAGUUACAACCGUGUGGCAUCCUAUUCAGACGUCAUAUUUCUGUAUAAAAGCAUUUUUACUAUAAUAUAACCCAUAAAUGUGCGCGCUCCCGGCAGCACACCUGCCAUCAUGAACAAUCAAAGAGGACAGAGACGCCCCCGUGCAACAGUUCCUGAACAGACUACUGCAAAAACUCAAGCAAAAGUCAAUGGAAGACGUGAAGAGCAGAGAGAUUCUCGCAAUGAUGGAAAACACCAACCUACAGGGGCCGCCAAGGACCAUGGUGAAAAAAAUGGACAUACUAAAAAGCAGAUGGAGAAGUCUGGAAGUCAAGACAAACCCGCCACAAUCACGUCCGAUACAAAACUCGCACCUCAACGAGCAAACGGCAAUCGACAGAGUCAAAAAGGCGUUUCUAGCCGUGACAGAGAUGAAACUUCAAAGACUUCGGAGGAUCCGCGCGCACCUGACUCGAGAGCGCGUAAAUCUGCCCAUAAUGCAGACCAUAUAGGCGAUAAGCAAGACACAAAAGAAAGCUUGAGUAAAAAAAAGACCGAUCAACGCAAGUUUGAAAGUGAAGGCAAACAGCACAAGGACGACGCACAAGAAAUUGCAAAAAGUAAACAAUGUAAAAAAGAGACAAAUCCAGAGAGGAGUGAAAGUCAAGACAAAUCUGCCACACACCCCGCACCGCAACAAGCACACAACAAGCGACAAAGUCAAAAGCAAAACGACCAUUCCAAUCGUAACGGAGAUGAUGGAUCUCCGGAGCGCUCCAGUGGCGCGCAUCAGGAAAAACGCAGGGCAAAUACGCACAACUCAGACCAUACAAACAGCGCCGGUGACGCGCAAAAGCUAGAGACGCCACGUCUUGUCAACGAUAAAUUAGAAAAAGUCCUACAUGCCACUCUUGACAAAUUAAAGAUCAAGAAAGCCGAGCGGUCUAAAGCAUCCAGUCGAGUUAAUGAGAUGACAAAAACAGUAAUUUUCCAUCUGAAGCGAAAGAUGACCUGGUGUGAAGAUAUCGAGUCCUUAACAACCGGAAGUUAUUAUGAAAACGUUAAAAUUUGUGAACCAGAUGAAUUUGAUGUUAUGCUGACCAUUCCUGUGGAGAGGGUGGAUAUUCAGAGAUUUAAUGGGAGUGGGGCAUUUUACAGUGUUGCACUGAAACGACUUCCAAAUAAACAUCCUCUGACCAGAUUUCUAAACGAUGAUAGGACUAUUCGGGCCAGCGAAAUGCUAAAUGAAUUCAGAGAUGGUGUUAAGGAGGCAAUGGAUUUACUUUCAUUUAGAGACAAAAUUAACGUACAGCGCAAGAAGCCAAAGUGUCCUGCUGUCACAAUGCAAAUAAACGAAAACGGAAAUCAAAUUUCCAUUGAUUUUGUUCUUGGGCUUAAGGUUCGCGGCAGCUGGCCAGUUUAUACAAGUAAUGGGUUUAAAAUAGAAGACUGGCUUAGUAAAAAAGUUAAAGCUGAUUUUAAGCUCAAACCAUACUACCUGGUACCCAAAUAUGAGGGCAAGGGAAAUGCAGAGCAUGAUGGAGUUGUUGCAAAGGAUGUCUGGCGAAUCUCUUUUUCACAUGUUGAAAAAGACAUUAUGAAACGGCACGGCCACUCCAAAACCUGCUGUGAGUCUAAAGAACAGAAAUGCUGCAGAAAGGAAUGUCUAAAGCUUCUAAAGUAUCUUCUUAGUCAACUUGAAAAGAUGUACCCAGAGAAGAUGUCAAAGUUCUGUUCCUAUCAUGCAAAGACCACCUUGUUUCACACUUGUGCUAGAAAGGUAGAGGACAGCGAGUGGGCUUACAGUCGGCUGGCUAACUGCUUCCAGGAGCUUUUGGGCAACUUCGUUGAAAGCCUAAGAAACCAAGAUCUUCCCAACUUUUUUGUCCCAUCCCAAAACCUCUUACAUCAAGACCAUGUGCCUAAAAGCAACUGUGAAUUUCUUGCAAAGCAAAUUGAAUUGCAACAGAACAAUACUUUCCCUAUAUUUCAGGAUACCAGAACACCACGGUCACCUUGAGAGCACAUGCGGAAAUACGCGGGGAAGUCUAAAAUUAUAAUUUAAAACCAUUUUGUAUUAUAAAUAUUAUAGAAUAUACCAUUUUGUAUUAUAAAUAUUAUAGAAUAUAUAUUUAUAUAUUAGUUUUUAUUUUCUUUUUAUCUCAUCUCAGUAUAAUGCUUGAUAAAGCACUGUUUAUAAGUGCACAUGGCUACU